GAUGAUGUCAAUUUUACAAGACCCCACUGCUUAUGUGUCACCUAGUGUUACGACUUAUCCAAAUUUAAAUCCGGGUUAUCGAGUUUACACUGUUGAUGGAGUUCGAAUAAAUAGCACUUUUCAUGUUUUGGAUCACGAAACGUAUUAUUUAGAUUUGGACGAAGCAAAUCGAACAAAUAUACCUAAUUGGAAGAAAGAAUAUUCAGCAAAGAGUGCUUAUGAUAUGAAGAGUUUAUUUCCGGAAGAUUGGAACGAUCUUUCGUCUCGAAUGAUGAAAAAUGAAACACUAUUUAAUAAAUUUUUUAGGAACGCUUAUAAACAAAGUCCAAUUUCAAAGACAAAGUGCGGUAAAGCGUGUAGAUCAAAUUGGAUUUGUGAUACUUGGAGUGCAAGGAGUGGCGAUCCUAAACUCUGUUCUUCUAUAUUUUCAGAAAAGCAAUAUCUAAACUACUAUUAUUCAAGUUUUAAAAAGCAUAGAUGCUAG